GUGUUAAAAUUAUUAAUAUUUCUUUUUAAUUGCCUUUGUAACCGAGUUAUAUUAAAAAUGUCCGGAGUGCGCGCUGGUCGUGUACCUAAGCGCCUGAGAGCUCAUCGUAUGAAGAGUCGGUCAGUGCUGAGAAUGAUGGCAAUAAUGCAGGACAGGAACAGUGAGGAGGUGCCUCGCGAGUUCUUGGAGACAGGCAGGACGGGCCGGAGAAACGCCAUGCCUGAUAUAUUGCACCCCCAGGGCGCCGAGAUGACGACGGCGGACCUGCCCUCCCGGUUGCAACAGCUGGCCACUACUGAUCCAGAACACCCGCAGCCGAGCACAUCGAAGAAUGAUCUCGAAGCGUCCAAAGAGGAUCCAGCAAGUAAAAGUAAUUGCAGUUGAGCUGCCUCGCAAUAUGGUCGCUGACCACUGGACUUGCCCAAAGUUAAAGUAAUCUCAAAAAGGUAAAUAGAAACCCUAAGCACUGAAUAUAGUGUAGGCCCACCUUUUUGUAGGAAGGUAUAGUGUACAAAUAUAGCUCUAAUGAUAGUUUGUAAAGGCUAUGUGUAAUUUAAUUUGUACUAAAUAAUUACAUACAGAAGUUCUUU